GCGGGGGAGGGGGCCAGGUCCUAGGGAAGCCCGCCCGCGCACGAGCAGGGACUACAUUUCCCGAGGGGCCUCGGCGGCGGCGGCGCCGGCAGCGGCGGCGGCGGCGGCGGGCGCGGCAACGUCCCCCGGAAGUGGAGCCCUGGACUUCCACUCGUGCGUGAGGCGAGCGGAGCCGGAGUCGAGACCAGAGGCCGAACUCGGGAUCCGACAAGAUGGCUGGGCUGCCCCGCAGGAUUAUCAAGGAAACCCAGCGUUUGCUGGCAGAACCAGUUCCUGGCAUUAAAGCAGAACCAGAUGAGAGCAACGCCCGUUAUUUUCAUGUGGUCAUUGCUGGCCCCCAGGAUUCCCCCUUUGAGGGAGGGACUUUUAAGCUUGAACUAUUCCUACCAGAAGAAUACCCGAUGGCAGCCCCUAAAGUACGUUUCAUGACCAAAAUUUAUCAUCCUAAUGUAGACAAGUUGGGAAGAAUAUGUUUAGAUAUUUUGAAAGAUAAGUGGUCCCCAGCACUGCAGAUCCGCACAGUUCUGCUAUCGAUCCAGGCUUUGUUAAGUGCUCCCAAUCCAGAUGAUCCAUUAGCAAAUGAUGUAGCGGAGCAGUGGAAGACCAACGAAGCCCAAGCCAUAGAAACAGCUAGAGCAUGGACUAGGCUAUAUGCCAUGAAUAAUAUAUAAAAUCGAUCUGAUCAUCAAGUGUGCAUCACUUCUCCUGUUCUGCCAAGACUUCUUCCUUUUUUGUUUGCAUUUAAUGGACACAGUCUUAGAAACAUUACAGAAUAAAAGCCCAGACAUCUUCAGUCCUUUGGUGAUUAAAUGCACAUUAGCAAAUCUAUGUCUUGUCCUGAUUCAUUGUUGUAAAGCAUGAGCAGAGGCUAGAAGUACCAUCUGGAUUGUUGUGAAACGUUUAAAAGCAGUGGCCCUUCUCUGCUUUUAUUCAUUUCCCCCAUCAUGGUUUGAGUAUAAAGCACUGUGAAUGAAGGUAGUUGUCAGGGUUAGCUGCAGGGGUGUGGGUGUUUUUCUUUAUUACUUUUUUUUGAGGGGGAGAGGUAGUUUUAUUUUAAUUUUAUGGGCUCCUUUCCCCCUUUUUAUGGUGAUCUAAUUGCAUUGGUUAAAAGCAGCUAACCAGUUCUUUAGAAUAUGCUCUCUAGCCAAGUCUAACUUUAUUUAGACGCUGUAGAUGGACAAGCUUGAUUGUUUGAACCAAAAUGGGAACAUUAAACAAACAUCACAGCCCUCACUAAUAACAUUGUGACUUUGCUGUCAAGUGUAGAAUCCUUCCUUCAAGAAAAAGCUUGUGACCAUUUUGUAUGGCUUGUCUGGAAACUUCUGUAAAUCUUAUGUUUUAGUAAAAUAUUUUUUGUUAUUCUACUUUGCCUUUGUACAGUUUAUUUUACUGUGUUUAUUUCAUUUUCCCAAUGUGACAAUCGUAUUUAAAAAUUAAAACUGAUGGAACAUUCUCUUUUGGUCUUCACCAUCUGACAAGUUGAUCCGGCAAGAGGUGGAUUUUGCCAGUGUCUUUUCACUGAUGCAAACUUGUGUUAAGAUGUCACUGAAUGGAGUAUUUAUAAGCUGGCCCUGAGCAUGCAUAAAGCGUCGGUAUUUGGUAUUUUUUUUACCUCCUAGAAAUUUGAAUAAAUGUGUUUGUGUUGUCUGAUUAGAUGAUCAUAGGUGUCUUGCCAUGAUGUUUGAAACUUACUGUACAGGAGAGUCACAGCAAAGCAGCAGUUGUGACUGACUUUAUGUAGGACUCACAUGUGCCACAUUUGUGUGUCUGGCAUUUGGGAUAUGACCUUUUGCUUAGUUCUUGUCUGGAAACUUCACGUGUAACCACUGGUAUGUGCUACUAGGAAACACCAAUCUGAUAAUCAUUUGGGGUUGCUGAGGCACUUAUGAGUCUUCCUUAUAAGACCUGAUGAGCAGAUCUCAAGCAGCCAGCUUGCGUAAGUGUCAUCUGAAAGGUUUCUUCCUUUGAGAGUAUCAGAUCCUCAGUUAAUGAUUCUUUCAUCCUUCAGUAUUUGCUAUGGGAGCUCCUAUUGUUUGAUACUCAGUAAUUUUUUUCUGCAUUGACAGAGUUCCUCCCCUCAAAAAACUGUUCUUUCCCACCCUUCUCUGUAUCGAAUUCCCUAUCCUUGUUCUUUGUAAGUCAUCAGUGUAGCCAGUCCUAAGUAUGUAAAUGUUAACCCGCAGGUGGGAACCUUUGUCUCUCGCAAUUUAAGGUAAUGGAUAUUGUAGCCCGUCUGAAUUUCCCCCACUCUUGAUUCUCUUAACUUCUGGAGUUUCUUCAGAAUGUGGUGUAUUUUAUUGUGCUCCUAUGUAAGAUGAAGAAUUAUCUAUUAAAAUUACAUUUUCAA